AUGGAUGGGCAUUACCGUUGGGGCGAUGUAUCAGCACUAAACAUACAAAAGCAUACAUACAAACAUACACAUACUAAUGGCAAUUACAAAAAUCCAACAGAUGCUCUAGCACUCUCCUUUGAAGCAUCUUUGGAUCUUGAUGUGUCGACUAGAAACAAUUCAAUUUCAUCCAACGAGCAAACAAACCAGGUGAACACUUUGGAAUAUAUGAAUGUUUUCCAAAAAAUUGACAUCACGGCUCAAAAUGUUGCAACGGAUUCUUUGAAUUUGGACGGCGAUUUUGAACUUUCUGACAUAUCAGACUUGGUUGGCAUAAUAAACUGCACAAAUCAGGAGACACCCAUCAUUAAUAAGAAUGUAGGAAAGCUGGCCGAAACCCCCGAAAAUUGCGAUAUUUUAACCAGACUUGAUAAAAAAUAUACGCCCGGUGAAGUUGCUAUUUUGAAUAAAUUGGAAAAAUUUGAAUCAGAUAUUCUGCGGAAAAAGCCAAAAUCUAUUUCUCCUCCAGCCUUUUCAGCAUUUUUAGAGGCAGAAAAAUUUGUUUCUUGUAAUGGAAAGAAAAGUUUAUUCAAGCUACUAGCUGGGCAUGGAGUGGUUGGCAGUUUUUUUGGAGCAAAUGGACACCGAAUACAGGCGUUGCAACACGAGCACGACAUCACAGUAUCAGUAACUACUAAACGAAUUCAUUUCCCUGGGAGCAACAAUAAGGGAGUGUUACUAUUUCAGGGCAAAUUGACUAACAUUUUGAGGUCUCUUAGACCGCUCUACAAAGCCAUGCAGGAGGAAACUGCGCGUCUACUGUUGGACGAUGAAUAUUUUCCUAGCGACAAAAUUAGAUUGGAGAUUGAGGUGUUGGUGCCUGAAAGUUUGAGGUUUACCAUGGAUCGAAAUAGGGACUUUAAAAAGAUCAUGGAGACUUCCGGCUGCAACAUGCGGGUCAUUAAGCAGACAUACGAGGAUCCCCCAGUGCAAGAAAGGGUUCUGGUUAUUUUUGGCAAUCAGCAGCAGGUGGAAAUCGCAAUUGAAAAGGUUGCGUUGCUGAUUCAGGACGAUUCACACCUAAAGUACUAUGGGUAUAUGAAGUACCCCGACUUGACGAUUGCCAAGAGUGUAUACAAAUGA